CAUAUCCAGCUGGAGAAUGCAGUAACUCUUGCUUAGAUUUAAGUUUGUAACAUAAAGCGGAUGAUGUGUUUGUGCUGCCAACAUCAUUUCUUCACAUUGAUAGGAAACAGCAAAGCAAAACUACUAAAAAUUAAUUUCGAAUCGUGUUAUCGUUUUACAUUUUAAGUUGUAGUUUGCUUGAGAUAAUCAGAACGACCGCUGAUCUGCAAGCCGCAGUACACACACACACACACACACACACACACACACUUGAUUGAUUUGCUGUUGAGAUCUAAACGUUAAACUUCCUAUGGCUAUUCAUACUGAUAUAAGAUUUUCAAAUACUCAUUUACCAUGCUGAAGAAUUUCACAUGGCUUCUUGGAAAAAUAGAAUGGGAACCCCGGACUGUUAAAAAGACAAAGAGGUGAGAAACCACCAGUUCGAUACAUGGAGGAGUUUACUUGCAUAGCUCAGAGUUUACUGUUUUUUUUUUUGUUUGUUUGUUUGUUUUGUUCUUCCUUAGCAUAGAAGCUGGCGAGGCUAUCGGGUAAAUAAGUUUGUCAAGUAAAUGUGCAACGUACAAAGCCAUAUUUAAAUUUACGGCAAUGACGCGAUCACCGUGGAUGCCUGUGGAGAGUAUUUCAAGCAUGCUGAAGUACUGGUUGAUACACAGUAUGGCAGAGUUUGAUGCCCGGGUUUCUGUUGUGAUGUACUACACGAUCAUAAAGCUGAAGUCCAUUUACUUUCUCCCUAAUUGCCUGGAGUUAUCCAGACCAAAAGUCUCACCGGAGUUGCCAACUUACUUUACCUGCAACAACUUUUAUGGGUCCAAGAUCAAAAGACUUUCGAAGACGUUUGCUGUAGGAUUAGAAGUCACGUAUAAGUACUAAAAUAAAGUACUUUGGAGAAGCAGGUCAAACAGGAGUAAAAUGGAAUGUAAACCAAAAGUGGAGUUUUGAAAUGCUUAGGUUCUAUUCUAACACGCCCAAAUAACGAAGAUGAACGGCGAGAAUCUCACAACCCAAAACAUCAUGUCAGUAAUCCUUAACAAUGUAUCCAGUCAAUUCUCUGGACUUCAACUUUUGCAGUCAUUUAAGCCCUUAAUUAUCCCAUGCUACUCCUUGGUGGUUUUCAUUGGCAUCUUCGGGAACUACCUCUUAAUAUAUGUCAUUUGCAGAACCCGCAAAAUGCACAAUGUGACAAACUUUCUUAUUGGCAACCUAGCUUUUUCAGAUAUGCUUAUGUGUGCAACUUGCGUGCCUCUGACAUUAGCUUAUGCUUUCGAACCAAGAGGCUGGAUAUACGGACGCUUCAUGUGCUACUUUGUGUUCCUAAUGCAACCAGUAACAGUGUCAGUAUCUGUAUUUACUCUAACAGUUAUAGCUGUUGAUCGUUAUUAUACUACUGUGUACCCAUUAAGAAGGAGGCUGACAGUCCCCACUUGUGCCUAUAUACUGGCUGUGAUUUGGCUAGCUUCAUGCGUCUUGGCUGCUCCAGCUCUGGUCCACACUUACCACGUUGAGUUUCCAGGUUUGGAUUUCUUAAUCUGUGAAGAAUUUUGGGUCAACAUGAAGACGGAACGACUGACCUAUGCUUACAGUACCCUUAUAAUAACAUACGUGCUGCCACUGUCUGUUAUCUCCUUGUCCUAUUUAAGGAUCUCUGUUAAACUGAAAAACCGUGUGGUUCCAGGUAAUAUAACUCAGACUCAAGCUGAGUGGGAUAGGGCAAGACGGAGGAAAACCUUUAGGUUGAUGGUUUUAGUGGUAGCUGCCUUUGGUAUCUGCUGGCUGCCUCUUCACAUUUUCAACCUGAUGAAAGACAUUGACAUCAAGCUAAUUGACAAGCAGUGGUUUAAUCUCAUUCAGCUCCUUUGCCAUUGGUUCGCUAUGAUGUCUGCUUGCACAAAUUCGUUUCUGUAUGCCUGGUUGCAUGACAAUUUCAGAAAUGAGCUAAAGAAGAUGUUUGCGUGGCGAAAGAAGAAAAUCGUACCAAGCACAAACUGCGUGACAGCUAGUGCUGUCUUAUAGAAUACUUGCGCUGACCUUGUAGAAACGUAAAUCGCCACUGCAAUUAAGUAAUAAAAAAGCACCGCGAAUGGUCUCCCCCCUUCUAGCACACGAUCCCUAACCGGAACUGAACCACGUGUGAUCUGCCUGUUGAGAAAUUAACGUUUCUUAAACUCAUUAAUAAAGGUGGUCUAAACGGCUCGGUUAAAAUUAAUGGGUCGGACAGAAAUAAGAUAUGCAAAGGUUUUACUACAUUCAAAGACUUGAUGGCAAGUGAAAGGACUUAUGAUGUUACCAUGGAACCACCAGGCUUACUCCGUUUUUCAAACGAAAUGGUUUGCAGUUUAUUGCUCCUACUGUUAUAUUCCAGGUCAAGUUGCGUAAACUUAAUUAAUAUGGAAGUCCGGGAGCAAACAAAACGCACGUGUCAGCGUGGCUGUCCUGUUACUCUUGAGCAAUGUUGCUGUAGAGCUAAUAAAUACUCUGCAUAUACUAUUUUUUUAUGUGCAGGUGGUUUCCAGCACUACUUCCGCCAUUGUUUAUAUUGGCCAUGAGUGUCAAAUGCUGCAGUAAAUAUGGAAAUUACAUUGAAGAUGAGAGCUGCAACACUUGCGGCAGUAGUUUCCCACAACAGGGCUGAUUAGUUUGCAUAAACUCCAUUUGUAUUUGGUUUCUGUGCUACCAGACCACACGUCUGCUGUAUGUACUGUUUGCUGACAGUUUUAAUGAAACUAUGCAGUUUGAAUUUUUGUAACGUAAUUUUGUAAGAUUCUCAUGUUAACUUUGCUGUGUAUAAAACUAAGCCUUAAACAUUGGGCUUAGCUCUAGCCGAGCUCCAGUGGUGUAUGUUGGCACUGCUGUUCCAAGUACAUUUGUUAUCGUUAAUAACAUUAUGAUUUUUAACAUCAAGUUUAAUUUUUA